AUUUUUCGCAUAUCCUUCCCACGUAAACGACCCUAUCUCUCAAGAUCAAUUUCACCAAAUUUCAACCCAAUUCCACACUCCCCACAACCAUCAUGGAACGCGGCUACACCGUCUACGACGGCAUCGGCCUCCGCAUCUACGACCUUCUUGUGCACUGGUGGAACGACAACUACGUCUGGCGUUGUCCCUCGGACUUCCUUAAUGAAUUCUUCUCCGCCAACGUUGGCGCCCAACAUCUUGACAUCGGCGUCGGAACGGGCUACUUCCCCGCCAAUCACCGCCAACGCAUGCUCGAGAAGGGCGAGUCAUGGCCCCAGCAGCUCACUCUCGUGGACAUGAACAUACUCUGUCUGGAGCGAUCCGCCGCGCGCGUCGGAUGUCCCGAGAAAACCUCCACUCUCCAAGCAGACGUGUUCGAGCCCAUCAAAAUUCCAGCGGACAACGGCACAGGACCCGGCACUACCGCGUCGCGGAAAUACGACUCCAUUUCGCUCAUGUAUCUGCUCCAUUGCUUGCCCCCGCCGUGUGCGAGGAAGGCGACUGUGUUCGCGCAUCUGAAGGAGCACCUGAAGCCCGAGGGGACGCUGUUCGGGGCGACGAUUCUGGGCCAGGUGCAGCAUAAUUGGUUCGGGAAAUUGACGAUGGGGCUGUACAACCAUAAAGGCAUAUUUGGGAACUAUGGUGACGAUCCAGAGGUGUUUAAAAAGGAGCUGAGAAAUGAGUUUGAGGAUGUUGAUGCUUGGGUUGUUGGGGCGGUGUUGGUGUUCCGGGCGAGGAAGCCCAAGUUGACUUGAUUAGGAUUUUUGUGGUCAUGUAUUUAGAUGGGGUUCUUGUGACGAUGAAUAUUAUGGAAUUGAAGAUUCGUGAGAUGGCUGGAUAA